UGGUAAUUAAUAAUUGAUGAAGUUUCGUGAGCAAUUACUGUGUGCCAAGUGUGAAUUCCUUUAUAUGAUCCUCACAAUUACCCAAUGAGAUAUUAUGUCCAUUUAUAGAUUUUAAAAAAACAAGGGCACAGAGAGAUGAACCAAUCUACCCAGUCACAUGUUACUAAGCAAUGAUAAACAACUGGUUCCCUUGCCCCCCAAAAAGAUCUGGGCCCAUUGCAAGGAUUUAUCCGCAGGCCCGUGAGACUUCUCUGGUGAAGCCUGAAAAGCACAGGCCAAAAUAAUCUCACAUUUUGCGAUCACAGGUCCAGCUCUGGCACUCCUAAAUCAGUUUUAGCUAAAUCAGUGGAUUAAGGUCAUCCUCCGGGUGCCCCUGGAGGAUGAAGGGGGCUGGGGAGGCCUUGGGGGGUUUCUGGGGGUUCACUAGGUGAGGUUUCCGGGCCGCUCGGGCGCUCCUGUUCGGCCCGAGAGCGGCCUCUGCCUGGGCUGCCGCCUCCCUCCCAGCUUGGGUGUUUCCAGCCGGCGUUGCCGGUACUUCCUCGUUCCCGCGCGCGCCCCAGGCUUAGCUCGCAACGCCCAGCGCCGGCGCUGCUCAGGCGGGAGGGGGCCAGAGGGGAGAUGUCGCAACCGUCUCCCUCCCUCUUUCCCCGCCUUCGCACUCAGUCACCUCCCAGAUGAGCCCGCUCGCAGACGGCUGCGGGCCGCGGUGUGCCCGGCAUGUCCCCUCAGUGCGCGCAGGCGGCGGGCAUUGGGCCCGCGCGCAGCCUGGAGCGGACCAACCGCACCCGCUUCCCGUUCUUCUCCGAUGUCAAGGGCGACCACCGGUUGGUGCUGAGCGCCGUGGAGACUGUGGUGCUGGCACUCAUCUUCGCGGUGUCGCUGCUGGGCAACGUGUGCGCCUUGGUGCUGGUAGCGCGCCGACGGCGCCGCGGCACCACAGCCAGCCUGGUGCUCAACCUUUUCUGCGCGGACCUGCUCUUCACCAGCGCCAUCCCGCCCGUGCUGGCCGUGCGCUGGACAGAGGCCUGGGUGCUGGGCCCGGGUGCCUGCCACCUGCUCUUCUACGUGAUGACCCUGAGCGGCAGCGUCACCAUCCUGACGCUGGCGGCAGUCAGCUUGGAGCGCAUGGUGUGCAUCGUGCGCCUGCGGCGCGGCGUGCGGGGCCCGGGGCGGCGGGCGCGGGCCGCGCUGCUCGCGCUUAUCUGGGGCUACUCGGCAUUCGCCGCGCUGCCCCUCUGCAUCUUCUUCCGCGUCGUCCAGCAGCGGUUCUCCGGGGACGACGAGGAAAUUCCGAUUUGCACACUGGUUUGGCCCAGCAUUGCCGGAGAAAUCUCCUGGGAUGUGUCAUUUGUUACUUUGAACUUCUUGGUACCAGGACUGCUUAUUGUGAUCAGUUACUCCAAAAUUUUACAGGUAUGUUUGCUUCAAGCCCGGCUCUGUUUUGUGUUCCUGCAGAUCACGAAGGCGUCAAGGAGAAGGCUCACGACGACCCUGGCUUCCUCGGAGAGCCACCAGCUCCGUGUGUCCCAGCAGGACGUCCGGCUCUUCCGCACCCUGUUCCUGCUCAUGAUCUCCUUCUUCGUCAUGUGGAGCCCCAUCAUCGUCACCAUCCUCCUCAUUCUGAUCCAGAACUUCGAGCAAAACCUGGUCAUCUGGCCGUCCCUCUUCUUCUGGGUGGUGGCCUUCACCUUUGCCAACUCGGCCGUCAACCCCAUUCUCUACAACAUGUCACUGUUUAGGAACGAAUGGAGGAAAUUUUUUCACUGCUUCUUCUUCUCAGAAAAGGGAGCCAUGUUUACAGACACAUCUGUCAGAAGAAAUGAUCUGUCUGUUAUUUCCAGCUAGUUAGUUUUUCUCUGUAGGCGUCUAUUUGUCACUCUCUGGCAAGCCAUGGUGUGUUUUCAAAGGGAGUUCAUUUCCAGGACGGUCGCACCAGGGUACCUGCUUUAAGAAAAUGUAACCUAUGCAAAUGUACAUUUACAGCACCAGUACAUUGAGGGGUGAUCAUUCAGUAUAACAAUUCUAUCCUUUAUAAAAGUAUUUGCUGUG